ACCUACAAUCCUUCGUCGGGCGAGGACUGGGAAAGCGAGUGGAGGCUCGCGAAGAAAAGAGGGAAUUGUGGGCAGCAGACAUGAAAGACAUCGGCGCGUUGAAGCUAGGCGUCUGGCAAGGCACAAAAGAGAAGGGCUUGGGGUGGAUAUACCAGCAGAUUGUGAAAGCUGCGGAUACACUUGCACCGACGGACAGGGCGUGCAGGUCGUGCGUUAGCACAAUGGCCGAGGCUCUUACCACCUCCACCUGGGUCAAGAAGCUCGAAGAUCUGAUCGACGACAUCUCCUCUUGGCUAGAUUUCGAGCUCAAAGUCUUGGAUCUCUACCUCGAUGCCUUUUCCCACCUCUCCCUCGCAUCAGAAUCGCGGAUGCGUACGAUCAACGAGGACAUCUACAACAUCGCAAACGAAGCAGUAAGUCGCCGAUCACACACUGGCGGAGAAACGACUCUUGUUGCGCUACUCUCCGAGUCGGAGAAAU